AUGUGCAUGUCUCCCUUAAUGCCAUCCGAUGCCUUGUGCUGCUACAUUUUUCUGGGCCUUGCGCUGGAGACCAUGGCCGGCCAAAGCCUGUGGCCUGGGGACCCUAUUCCAUGCCGUGACGACCUGGCAAGGGCGGCGCAGAAAUACUUUAAUAAGACUGGCUGGGCUGCUGAGGUGGGAGUGUAUCAAGGGCGGUUUGCAGCCCAGAAUAUGAGACACUGGACGGGGCGUUACUUCAUGAUCGAUGCCUGGGCGCACAGACCUUUUGACGACUCCAGCGACAAGAACUUCCCACAAGCUGAGCAUGAAGAGAACCUGCGUCAAGCUCGGGCACGUGUUCGUUUUGCCAGGGGACGUGGUUGGCCCAUCCGGGGCUUUUCUUUGGACGUCGCGCAAAGAUUCGCGGACGGGUCGCUGGACUGGGUUUUCAUUGAUGCCUUGCACGUGUACGAGGCGACCCUCAGAGACUUGGAGGCCUGGUACCCGAAAGUACGAGUCGGUGGCCUGGUGAGUGGUGACGACUACGGGGAUGCCACGGACAUGGAGUGGAUGUCGACGAGCCGCUUUGAGUCGGGAGUGUCCCGCUGCUUGGGCUUUGGCACGACAACCCCGAGCGAUGUAGGGUGGGGCACGAUGCGCGCGGUUAACCAAUUUGCGAGAGAGCACGGCCACCAACUCUUCGUGACCUACUUUCUGGAUUGCCAUUCAUACCCAGCAUGGUAUUUUGUGAAGGGCUAG